CACAGGCGCUUCUUUAUUAUAGAAGUUAAUUAUAUAUUUAAUCAUUAUAUCUGCAUAAUAAGUAAAUGCUGUUUUUAAAUAUUGUUGUAUAUACAAAUAUUGUUCUAUUUUGCUGUGGCUGUUAGCAAAGUUGCGAAUAAUUGAUGUAUAUAGAAUGUAGAAAGACACGGCUCCUCUCUGCACUACCCUGUUUCUCGCCGUGGUCUUCAUUGCCAGCUGAUUUCGAUGUUUGAUUGCUACGAGAAAACACCCAGUGUCUGGUUGUUGUACACCUCAGCGGGUUGAUCGAGCGAUGCCGUCAGGCGGCGCGGCAGAAGCGAGUCGGAGCCAACAGCAAAAGCAGAGCAUGCGGGAAAGCGGCGAAGACUCUGAGGACGAGAGUGAGAUCCUCGAGGAGUCACCUUGUGGUCGGUGGCUGAAGCGGCGUGAGGAAGUCGAGCAGCGCGAUGUGCCCGGCAUUGACUGGGCCUUUCUCGCCAUGGACACCGAGGAGGGCGUCGAAGUGGUGUGGAACGAGGUGCAGUUCUCAGAGCGAAAAAACUUUAAGCUGCAGGAGGACAAGAUCCAGGUGGUCUUCGAGAGCCUGACACAGCUGGAGCACCCUAACAUUGUCAAGUUCCACCGUUACUGGACAGACACGCACAAUGACAAACCGCGCGUCAUCUUCAUCACCGAGUACAUGAGCAGUGGUUCACUCAAGCACUUCCUGAAGCGCACCAAGCGCAACCUCAAGAAACUGCCACUGCAGUCGUGGAAGCGGUGGUGCACCCAGAUCCUCUCGGCGCUUGGCUACCUCCACUCCUGCUCGCCGCCCAUUGUGCAUGGCAAUCUCACCUGCGACACCAUCUUCAUUCAGCACAAUGGACUGGUAAAAAUUGGGUCGGUGGCGCCGGACGCCAUCAACCACCAUGUGAAGACGUGCCAGGGAAUGGCAAGGAACACGCACUUCCUUGCGCCAGAGUACGGAUCGAGCGCACCGAUUACGCCGGCGGCCGACAUAUACGCGUUUGGCAUGUGCGCCCUGGAAAUGGCGGCGCUGGAGAUUGCUGGGGAGCAGGCUGUGGCCGUGACGGAUGAGCAGAUAGAGCGCACCAUUGACAGCCUCGAGGACUCGAAGCAAAAAGAUCUGAUCAGGCAGUGCCUGUGCCGUGACCCUGCGCGCCGCCCCAGCGCCCGGCAGCUGCUGCUGCACCCCCUCCUUUUUGAUGUGCACCCCCUAAAGCUGCUCGCGGCCCACCUUGUCGCUAAAUAUACCGACGGCCUCCCCGAGGGCCACGAGCGGCCACCCAACGCCCUCUUCGCAGAGGCCAACGGCCGACGCAUCCUAUACCAGGAACUGGCGCACUCUGAGCGGUUGGGCAAGUACCUGGAGGACGUCAAAUACGGGAUCUACCCGCUGACGGUGUUUGCGGCGCCUCGGACGCGCGCGGCGUCGCCGGAGGUGACGGCCGAGUCGGUCAAGUCACUGAGUCCGGAGCCGGUGGACGUGGAGGCGCGACGCGUGGUCACCAUGAUGUGCUCGGUGAAGCGGCGCGACGAGGCUGUGACGACGAAUGACUUGCAAAUGACGCUGCUGCUGCGCAUGGACGACAAGAUGAACCGGCAGUUGACGUGUCCGGUGCUAGCGAGUGACUCGGCCGGCGUGCUCGCGCAAGAGCUGGUGCAUUUUGGGUUUGUGAAUGAGCUGGACCGACGCACGGUAGAGGAGUUGAUCGCCGAGCAGCUGCGCCACCACCACCUCCACCCCUCGCAACCCGCACCCAAAUGACCCAAUCAAAAACGACUGACUCUGCUGCUGAGCUAGGGCCUCGUCGAUGAGACGGACGCCGGCCGUCUGCUGACAAGGACUGUGGAAUGAGACGAUAUUAUUUCAUUCGAUUGAUUAGCAAUAUCACACGUGCGAUUGAUAUAUAUUCAAAUAUUUUAUGUCUAUAUUUUCAAGUUGAUAACUUAUGUUGCUUACUUGUUUAAAAUGAACGCGGGAGGAGCAAAGCCCAGCGGCCCUGGUCACCCCGCGCCGUCUUUGCUUGUAUUCGAGCACAGAAGCCAACUUUUAUUUGUGUGCAAUUUGCGCUUUUGCCACGAUUCGAGUCAGAAUCGCGCGGUGGCAAUCCAAUCCUAGAAUCAAAACGCGUGCGGUGGUCGGGGCUGAGGCGCACAAGCUGUGGAUUUUUGCACGUCUGCAGCUGACAGCAAGGGACGCAAGGAAUCUUGUCAGAGAGCAACACCCUAUUACUUUUACUUAUUUGUACUCAUUAUUUUUUUUAAGCAAAGUCUUAAGUGAAUCCGCACUUUGAAACUCUGGCUGAACAUGGUGCUUUCCGCAGGCAAGUGAAAGCACUUCAUGGUGUUGCGUUGAAAAAAAAAUGUUGCAUUUACGCCCACUGUGCCCCCAGUCACGCUUCCAUUGCGGAAGGGUGGUGAACGAAAAAAAACAAGAUAUAAUAUGUAUACUGUAUUUCUAUUGUUGCUUCAUGUUUAUUUGUUCUCAUUUAAAAAGAAUGACGCUUUCAUUUGCGCCCAGGGUUACUUGAAGCUCAAAUAAUUGUGUUGCUUUUCGGCUCCUGUCUGUGAAGAAUCUCCAGUGAAAAUGCGCUUACAAAAAUAUGCUGCAGUGUCAUACUACGAUAAUUUACAUUUUUUUCCUCUGAACUGAUUGGAGCCUCACGCCUUGCCGAUCUUGAUACAGUGCUGGAUGCCACUCGCACACACGCUUCCCUUUUCGUAAAAGAUAUAAUAAAACGCAGAUCGGAAACAUU